AGUUAAUGUGAUUCUGUGCUUGUUUCUUUUUUUUUUUCUUGGUAAAGAUUGACAAUCUUUUUUGGGAUGAUGAUGAUCCUUGGGAUUAAGCGUUUGGUUUUUUUAAGCUUUUAUUGGAAAUGUUGUAAAUGUGGGGUGUUUAAUUUAAGUAGUAUUUAUUGUGAAAGAUGUGUUUCAUUGUAUUCUAUUUUAUUCGAGAAUAUUUUAUUCUAGUAUUUUUUUUAAAGGGUUUCUUAUUUUACUGGGUUCAUCCAUCGGUAUGAAUUGAACCAGUUGCUAAGUUUAUCUUUGGUUUUGUUUUGUGUUGCAUGUUGUAAAGGUACUGCAGCGUUACAGAGGAAAACUAUAUUUUUUAUUAUGUGUGUAUAUAAUCUAAAUAAAUACUUGUUCGAGUGAUGGAACGGAAGUUUUUUUGACUUAAUUGGUAAAGUAGGUGUCAUGCGACUAUGAGGUCAUGGGUUCGACCGGUGAAAAUAGGUUUUUGCCGGGAUUUAGGGUGAAUGAUGUAUAUAGUAGAAAUUGGUUUUUGCAGGAAUUACUGUCAUGGGUUUGAGUGGUGGAAACGGGUCUUUGCAGGAAUGCAAGGUAAAUGCUGUAUACAGUAGAAUCUUGUGGUAAAGUAGCUGUCACGUGACUGGGAUGUCAUGGGUUCGAGAGGUGAUUGCAGAAAUGCAUUGUAAAUGCUGUAUGUAGUAGAAAUGGGUUUUUGCAGGAAUGUAGGGUAAAUACUGUAUACAGUAGAAAUGGGGUUUUUGCAGGAAUGUAGGGUAAAUGUUGUAUACAGUAGAAAUGGGGUUUUGCCGGAAUGUAGUGGUCAUGGGUUCGAGUGGUGGAAACGGGUGUUAGCAGGAUUGCUGGAAUGUAGGGUAAAUGCUGUACACAGUAGAUUCUUGUGGUAAAGUAGCUGUCACAUGACUAGGAGGUCAUGGGUUCGAGUGGUGAAAACAGGUUUUUGUAAGAAUGUAGGGUAAAUGAUGUAUACAGUAGAAAUGAGUUUUUGCAGGAAUGUAGGGUAAAUGUUGUAUACAGUAGAAACGGGUUUUUGCAGGAAUGUACUGAUCUUGGGUUCGAGUGGUGGAAACGUCUGAUCGCAGGAACAUAGUGUAAAUGUUGUAUAUAGUAGAAUGGUUUUUGCAGGAAUGUACGGUAAAUAUUGUAUACAGUAGAAAUGUCUUUUUGCUGGAAUGUAGGGUGAAUGUUGUAUACAGUAGAAAUGGGUUUUUGUCAUGGGUUCGUGUGGUGGAAACGCGUUUUUGCGGGUAUGUAUGGUAAAUGCUGUAUACAGUAGAAAUGGGUUAUGGCAGGAAUAUAGGGUAAAUGCAGUAUACAGUAGAAUCUUGUGAUCAGGCCUUUCUCCGGACUCCACACAUAAGGAAAUUUAUUGCACCAGGCUGUCCUUUGCCGAAGGAAUUUCAGUCCUUGGGAAAAUCCUUUGUAUGCUUAUACAUUUUGUACGUCUUUCCACAAGCUUCAAUGUUCGUCCAACAAUAAUAAUUGAUGUCAUCACAUCCUCCUCCUUGAGUACUUAAUUAAUAUUUGACUUCCUGAAAUCAUGCCACACACUACAUUUACAAUUUCAUCCUUGAGUCUCAUCCCUUACUAACAAACACUCCAUAAUCUUGCCCAAUGGGUGGUGUCAUCACUCGCGCCUUUCAAUUCUUGGUCAUCACUUACUCAUUCGACACUUGUGGGCAUUGGAACUUAUUGCUUUAAGCUCAAUUGCAUGAGCAAGAGUAGAAUCAAAGGGUAACUUCUUAAAUAUCUGUUUAGUCUCUCAAUUAUAUAUGUGGUCCUCAACAAACCCUAGUUCUCUGACAACUUAUGAACAUUAUAGGUACGUAGAAGUGAAAGGUAAAGUAUCUUAUAAGACAUUGAGUAAUUCAUUAAGUGGAAAGUUAAAACAAAAAAAUCGACAAUAUCAUAAAUUAAAAAAAAGCCAUGCGAGCUAUGCUAAGAAUUUUACAAAAUAAACAUUACAUGAGUAUGGUGUCCAUGGAAUUUCUAAGUCACACAUGAAACAAAGGUCCUGACUAUACCCAAAAAUAUACAAAAUGUGACUUCAUAGGCAAAAGUGCCUCAAUGAUAAAUAGGGCCACACGCCAAUGGUAUGAGUGGAGUGCGUAGCGAGGGAGUGCCUCCCUGAGAGUCCAUAAGUGCAUCACAAGAAGAUGUUGUACCUUAACAAAAGAGAAGGGAGUACAUGUGAAAUAGUACUCACAUGAUGAGGUGAACCCAAAUUUAAGAGAAUAUAAGUUGUACUAGCACCAACUUAUUGCUAUACUAUUUCUCUAUCAAUAUUCACUUGUCUUGGCUUUAACAAAACCAGUUAACAAAUACAAUCAUGUUCAUAUGGCCCCUUUAACCAAUACCUGAUAGGAAAAUCUUCUUAAUUUGAGGGUCAUACCGUGUGGUACAAAUAUUUGGUACCUUUGACCAGCUCACUAAAUGAUUUGUUAUGGUUAUCAGUCUUUGAUGGAUAAAAUAUUCAUCUUUUUCAAAAAUUGUUACAUUCCAACAGAUGUAAAGAGAUGACAUGUUGCACAUACUGCGAAUAGGCAGUAUGAACUUCUUAAGUUCUCAACUCCCAAGUAAGUUUCUCUAGUAUGUUUUCCUUUUAUAAGAAGCUUGAAUUCAGUUCAAGUGCUAUAAUAAUGUCUUCUAUAUCAUUAAGAGACUUGAUUAAGAGAAACCUUGGUAAUUUACUCAAAGUGUUGUUCUUUCCCUUCAUCAACAGUGUGGUACUAAAGUUCCGGAUGUGAUCGUCGAACAAUGUAUCAGCUACAGUGAUCUGUGAUGAUAUGUUGCUGUUUCUCUACUAAGGAUGUUUUCUUUACUCCAAAGUCAACUUACGGAUUUGUUAAGUUUCAGAAAAAUAUUUGUGUAAUCUGCGGUGAUAUAGGUUUUCAAGAAGCAAUUAUUACCUGCUAUCAGUGUAGGAGUGCUGACGUGCACCUAUAUUGCUUGGUGGGCUAUAGUGAAGAAGCACCACUGGAUUGGUGUUGUGAAGAAUGUCAUAUUGACAAAGGGGUAAUGUCUUCAUCACGUGGACUAGAAAAUGAUAAUUCUGAGGGAUCCAGAUUACAUGCCUUCGCAAAGAUUCGCCAGAGUACGGUGCAACCAAAGAAACAUAGUACAUUUCCUGGCAGGCAUUAUAUUAACUGGGAAAAGGAGGUACAGACUGGGAAAACAAAAUAUCUACCCGUUGAAGAAGCACUUGGUCUGUCAUCAGGCAUCACGAAAUAUGGAUCUCCGCUGAUAAAUACUGGCUCCUCAAAAGUUGUGUCAACCAAAUCCAUGGCAACUGUGACUCGAGGGAAUUUCAGCAAACCUAGAGCUCGAAUUUUAUUUCCUGAGAAGAUCACAAUGCAGCGGUCUUCAGGAUCAGCAGGAUAUACAAAACCUCAGAGUCCUCAAAAUGCCAAAAUCACUGAACAGGGCAAAAAACAAGUGCAGUCAUCUAAAGGUCCGGUUGGUUCUGCCAUUCUGGAGCAUAGAAGUCCCUAUGCUGUGAAGGAGAGUCGAAUGAUGAAUUCAUCUACAACACACCCUUGUGAUCCUGCUCUAGUUCCUUCCUGGAAGGGAAAUUUUGACAUCUUAGGUGCUCUGGAACUUGCACCUGGGAUAUUCAAUAAUUAUAUCCAGGCUCAUCCUCCUUCCAAAGUUAGACGGAAGGUGUAUGAGUUCUCGGGGCUAUUGCCUGAUACGCUCAAAUUUGAACUAGUUCCACGUGGGGAUAUCUGGGCAAGUCUAUUCAACCAUCAUUGUCCGGGUAAAGAAGACAUAGGAUUGUAUUUCUUUGCAAGUGAUACAGAAAGGUCUGAAAUAUACAUUGCUCUGGUGGAGUUCAUGUGUAUCAAAGAUUUAAUGAUGAAGACGCUUAUCAAUGAUGUUCAGUUGUUUAUACUUCCAUCCACAACACUGUGCAGUGAUUCUCAAAGAUGGAAUAACAAGCACUUCUUGUGGGGAUUAUUUUACCGCACGGGACAAGAUACAGAUGGAUGUGCUGAAGGGGGCAGCAACAAAGUAAUUGAUAUGGAGAUAGACAUGAUAGGGGGGAAAGAUGUCUGUACAGCCAAUGAGGUUGAAAUGCAGAUAGACAUGACAGGGCAUGAAGAAGCCUCUACAUCGAAUAAGGUUGACAUGGAGGGCUAUCAGGAUGAGGUUGAAAUGGAGAUAGACAUGAUAGCUGGAGAAAAUGUAGGUACGCUGGACAUUGUUGUCUCGACAACUACCAGAAAUGGUUUUGAUACCUCUAUAAAAGAAACUGUUACUGCUGCUACCUGCAGUGGAUCUCAAUCAGUUACUCCUUUGGUUUCAAGACCCUCCAAGGGUUGCAAGGAACUACCUCUACUAAUCAAACGUGAGCCUUUUGAUGACGUUCCUCCAGGUUUUUUUCCCCGUUCAGCUCCAACUAAAUGAGCCGCGCCACCUGGGAGUUAAUGGUGGUUGCUGCCAACUUGUGAUUAUCACUACUUAUUUCAGUCAACUGUAGGUGUUGGAGUUAGCUUAGCUAAGAUGUAUGUUCAUGACAAUUAGGUGGAAAACUGUUGUUAGUAUUUCUUGUUGUUACUAAUUUAUCAGUAAGUAGGUCUAUUUUGUAAAUAUGUUGGUUGGCUAUGUUAGAGCAACUAUUUUCAUGACAUAUGUUGAAGGUGUGUUGUUUGAUCUAAUUAA